CUGAGCAGUCCGCCUCAGACAAGGCGAAAACGCUUCAGCAGAAAGACACAAAAGCCGAGCCUGUGCGCGACCCUGUUUGCCCGGAUUAUUACACACUCCUCACCAUUCCUUCAUCUGUUUUAUUCAACCUGGUGGGAUUUUCACUAAUGGUUAUCGGAUACCGUAUUCCUUUGUUGAUCAGCACUCGAGCGCCAUGAGUGGGCUUCUCAAGAGGAAGUUUGAGGAGGUGGAGGAGGACCCAUGCUACUCUUCAUCGUCUCCUUCGUCGCUCUCCUCCUCUGCCUACUCCGGCUGGGACUCGGAUGGCGAGAGCUGCUACUCGGAUACCCUGGACUCCACGCCUAGUAACCCGAGCUCACCUGCCGCGUCGCUCAGCACCACGUCCAUCCUCAAAAAGACCAAAAGACCACGGAGGGGCAACGUGCAGUUCGAUCAGGUGACCGUCUUCUUCUUCCCGCGGUGCCAGGGGUUCACCAGCGUACCAAGCAGGGGCGGAUGCACGCUGGGAAUGUUGCAGAGGCACAGCGCACAGCGCCGAUACACCCUGGCUGAGUUUGUGAUCGAACAGCGCCACCUGCGGCGCGAGAAGAUCAAGAACAGGAUGAAAGAAGAGAAGCUGGAGGCUCUGAAACAGAAGCUGACGAAGAACGGUACCCAGGAGUCCGAAGAGGCGGACCGGCUGACCGUGGAUGACAUCCCGGAGGAGGAGAUCGAUCUCAGUGGUGUGAACCUGGACAGCGGGUCUUUCCUCCACCCGUACCCGUCUAAGAGGCGGCACGCCAUCCUGAAAGCGGCCGGAGUGAAGAAGAUCGACAAGGAGGAGAAGAGGCAGCUGCACGAGCUGCGCAUGUCGCGGGAGGACUGCGGCUGCAACUGCCAGGGCUUUUGCGAGCCCGAAACCUGCAGCUGCAGUCUGGCCGGCAUCAAGUGUCAGAUGGACCACUCGUCCUUCCCCUGCGGCUGCACCAAGGACGGCUGCGGGAACACGGAGGGCCGCAUCGAGUUUAACCCCAGUCGCGUUCAGACCCACUACAUUCACACCAUCAUGAAACUGGAGCUAGAAAAGCGCCUAGAAGAGCACGCUUCGGAAAACGAUGCCUCUCCAGACGAGCAGUCUGUGCGGAGCGCCGGAGACCUCCGUCCAGCAGAGGGCGGCGGUGAGCCAAACAACCCGAGCUUUCAUUUCAACUCUGGACUCGCUGCUGCCGGAGACAACAGCUGUAGUAGCGACAUGACGGACUCUUCUAGUUCAUCGGGGCAGAGCGAGGACUCGGAUCCGGCCGACGUGCCUCGAGGAGAACAGUCGCCGCUGGACGUGGACACGAACGGACUCGCGCAAAUCCUGAGCUUCAGCGACACCGAUAAUGAGGAGUACCGGGACGCAGAGACGCAAAGAGGGACAGAGACGUCGUCUGUAGGAUACGGCAUCUUCAGUACUGUGAAGAACACAGACUGCGACGAUAACGCCUUUAAGCCGCGGACGGACUCUACGGACAGAGCCUCGGCCGCGUCCGAGAUCUUGGACGAAAACGCGAACCAAGAUGACGCACUGUUCCACAGCGGCUCGGUGCCUAACACGCCGUCUCCUACGACCGAUAACUACAUGGACCUGAGCUUGUCCUCGGAGUCGGACUUGGAGUUCUUCGACGGGUUCCCCUGUCUAGGGCCCAGCUCGCUCUACAGCUCUCUCAAAGAGUAUGAACACUUGGACCACUUUUUUCAGUUUCAGUUGCCGCCUCCCAGCUUUCCACAAGUCAGUGACCAGGGCACGGGGCUCUUGGAGUCGCUCAUCGGUUUGUCCGAAUCUGUCCCGGAGCCGCCGGCUACGUUCACGGACAAUCAGAUGCUGGAAGAAGCCAUGAAGUUGUCCGUGAUGGAGUACGUCAAUGUCUGAAACGAGUGGACGUUUAAAAUGGAACACUAUGAAGAAAGAGGAAAUGUAAAUGAACACAGCUUUAACAAUUUUUUUUUUUUUUUUUUUUUUGUAAUUUAUGGCUAUCAAGGUUUCAACGUUUGCAUUAGUUGCCUUGAAAAUGUUAGCAGUCUUAUUAUUAUUAUUAUUAUUAUUAUUAUUAUUGCCAUCAAAGUGGCAGCUAAUAUUCGGGUUUAAAGGCUGCCGGGUUGAGAAUAUUUGUACAGGAAGGCUGAGCUGAAUUUGUCACCCACAUUGGUGUUACUAAUAUUAUUACUAUUGAUAAGAUUAUUUAUAUGAACUUUACACAGGGCACAGAUGGGAGUGAUUUUAAGAAGAAAAAAAAAAGAAAUGCUGAUUAUGCACCUCAGGGACUUUUUCUAGCUUUUUGGAAGCAAUGUAUUGUGACCAUACAUGGCUGUGAUGGACCGUAUUCGGCUCUCCAGAGAAUUUCCAUCAAAAUCCAAAAAAAAAAAAAAAAAAAGCCCAUAGGGUUUUUUUUUUUUCCCCCGUCUCUGUCACAUUUGUACGGUCUGUACGUAAUCACAAAGCUAGAGGAAGACUCCUCAUGUUCCAGGAAAAUGGCUGAUUGGGAUCUCUAAUGGUACACGAAUCUCCCCAAAGGCUCCUGAGUUAGCACUUUACCUGUGAAAAUCUCCAUGAACUCAAGCGACGGGGCGGAUGGGUUGCUGACGUGUCGACUCUGACUUUGCAUUGUUCAGUAUAGAUCUGGCGCCAUUUUUCGGUGUUUUUUUUUUUUGUUUGUUUUUUUUUGAGCGUCCAAAAAAAAAAGAACGAAAAAAAAAAUUAGCACAAAACUUAAAACGCUCGCUCGGUAUCUUGUGUUACUUUAUUAACACGCCAUGAAUUAUUAUUAUUAUUAUUAUUAUUAUUAUUAUCAUUUUCUUUUUAAAUACUCAUUGUGGAGAAUCAUCGCCUAACUGUGAUAUCUAUUUACAUUACAUUUACUACUUAAUUCCUCUAAACUAUUUAUUCCUUAGGUUUUGAGUUUAUUUAUUGAUCUCUGAACACCAACUGAGUAUCUGAGCCACUCUGCGCUCUGGAAAAGUCACACAUGCAGCUUCUUCGUGAUUUUUUUUUUCCUUUUAGAUCCAUUGAUUCACAUUCAUUAAAUUUAAAUUAUUUCACAUUUCACUAGUGUACUAAUUUAUUCAGUAGUUGCGCAAUAAAAGAAGAGCGGUGUUAAAGUUUACUCGAUGUGCCUGUUAAUCUAAGGAGCCAUGGUUGCUGGUUUAUUGUGUAAAAAAACUUUAUUAAACAAUAAGCAUAAAAAAACACAGAAAAAUCUGAAUUGCAUUAUUAAUGUAAUUAUUAUUAUUAUUAUUGCCCAUGAUGAUGUUGCCUACAAUAUAGAGAAUUACACUAAAAAUUUUCUAAUUUAUGUAGAUUUCUGAGAAUUCUAAUCUCUAUCAUGGACAAACUAUUUUAUUUAAAAAAAACAGAAAAAAAAGAAAAAGCCAAUUUUCUGUCAAAUAUGGAAUUGUUUGUAAUAUAUUAAUAUAGUUACACAUAUAGUUAUACUUCUAAACUUUAUCCUGGCCUAAAGUAAAAGAUUAUUUCUUUUGUAAAGCCUUUUCCAGACUGAGUUGAAGCUAAAUUUAAAAACGUUUCGGCAGAAAUGAUAAUUAACCACAUCGAUUGUGGAUGUACUUGAUUAAGUAAGAGAAAAAAACUUUUCAAUAAAUUCUGCAUAUAUUAUGCAAAAGUGUAUCAUCAUAUGCAACGGAAAAAAACCUAAACGAAACCGGCGUUUCUUUGACCGUGUCUCCAAGCUGAAAUGAGGAUGGUGAAGCUGUAACGUCCUCGAUGGAGGAACAGUAGACACGAUGUACAUAUUCCACCUCAUACGCUUAGUUUCUCCAGCUCGUCUCAAGCUAUUGCAUGUGAGGUUUCUACACGUUCUCGUCUCAGUAUAUGAUUUGCAAGCGCAAAUUUUUUUUAAAUGCACAAUCAGAAACGUAUUUUUUUUUGCCUUCAUGUGCUCUUCUUGAAACACAACAUUCUUUUCCAUUCUCAAGAAGGCACUGUUUUUUGUUUUUGCAAAGUAUGCCUUAUUUCCUUGUAAAAAUGUAUCACUCCUUAUGAAGAAAUGAAAAAAAAAAAAAAAAGAAAACAAUGAUGGGUAUUUAUUAGGAAUAAUUAUUGUAUGUUUCGAUCUACAAUGCUUUUGAAAGUGUUUCUUCAUUUCCUCAUUUAUGUUGUACAUAUUUUUCAGCUUAAAAUGGUACUACAGAGCAAAACCGAGCUGCUUUUUUUUUCUUAAAAAAGAAAUUAUAUAUAUUUUCACGCUCAACAGGUAAAAGCUGUUCAUUUCAUUCAAGUCAUUUGACAGUAGUUUGUCAUUUCAAAAUAAAACUUCAGCUUUUUUCUUACA